AUGAAGAACCAUCCAGCUCUGAAGAAGUACCCACCGCUGUUGCCCGCAUCCGCCCCCCGUAACCACGCUGAUUCGACGCCGAGCUCUUCAACCUCUGAUGAGACGAUCAAGCGCCGUCGCGUGGGUGUUCAAGUAGCUUGCAAUGCCUGCCGGACCAAGAAAACCAGGUGCGAUGGAGAGAGGCCGACCUGUUCCCCAUGUCAGAGGCGAGGAACCGAGUGCACGUGGAGUGACAAGCGCGAGCCAAACGACGAAACACUCGAGGUCCUCGAGCUUCUCAAAUCCGCGCCCGAGAAGACGGCCAUUGAUAUACUACGGCUGCUGCGGACCAGCGGCGAUGUCCGCGCCGUCUUGUCCAUGGUCAACGGCGGGAUGGACGGCAAGCGCCGCCCGUCGGAUCGCGACGCCUCCCUAGCCAUGACUAUGUCCGCGCAGUCACCUCUGGAGCUCGAGUUGAUGGUCAGGAAUCCGAACUCAUACCCCACGUUGCGCCCCAUCUCCGAGGCUGCUCUCGAAGAAAGCAACCUCCUCCGCCCUGUCAACCUGGCCCGCUACGAUUCCCACGAACAGUCUAUGCGGUCGCCAGGAAGCUCCGUUUCAGACUUCCUACCGGAUCUCGGCGGAGGUUCACUCACUGACACAUCAGGUGCCGACGCCGACUCGGCCGUCAAACUAUUACGAAAAUCACCCAUGGACGGCAUGCCGCCACAUCUGACACGAUACUGUGAUGGAAGACUGGCUGAUCUGAGAAUUGAGUAUUGGACCCGGGUCCCGAUCCCCAACAACUUUGCCGCGAGUAUACUGUCGCUAUAUCUGGAGACCGACCACCCGCUUUUAGGGCUGUUCGACCCCGACAAGUUUAUUGGGGACUUGGUCAACCGACGAGAAAGAUUUUGUUCUUCGUUUCUGGUCGCUUCGGUGUUGUACUGGGGCUGUCAAAUGUACAGCGCCCUUGACAAAGGUGCCAAUGAGUACUUGCACCAAUUUUGCACCGAGGCAGAGCGCCUCUGGAGCCUCAAUCGGUUGGACGAUUCGCCUCUCAAUAUGGCUGGCGCACAGCUGCUCAGCCUCGCCUACAUGGGCCACGGCAAGGACCAUCUUGUAUUACGCUAUCUGAAAGACGCUGUGGAGAUUGGAACUCGGAUGGGGCUUCUCGGAGUUGAUAAUGAAACUGCAGCAAGGAAGCUUGAUCAUCUUCCCGAGGAAACACGCCAGGCAUAUGCAUACGCCGCUUGGGGCGUGUUCAACUGGGCGGUAUUGAUUUCGUUAUUCUACCAGCAGCCUGGACUAGAGUAUCCCGUAUAUCCACCAAUGCUACCAAUCCCCGGAGAAGACGGAGCAGAAGAUCUGGGCGGAGUUGGCAUGUUUGACACGCCACCUCCUCGUCCUGGCUGGCCUGCAUAUAUGGGGAAGACGCUGACAACACUCUGCCAAUUCUGGCGCAUCAUGCAUGGAGUCUCCAUGAAGUACUUCUCCAAAGUCAGGGCAGUGGACUAUAGUAACCUUGAGCUCGAGUUUGCCGAGAUGAAAUUCCGAGAAAUACUUGCAUGGGCAGAGAACCUUCCCAGAGCCAUGCUCCUCACAGACACAAGCCCGCAUCACGUUGUGGUCUUCCAUAUCUGGCUCCAUGCGUCAAUCCUAGACAUCCUGCGCCCCUUCAUCAUCAGGCAGAAGUUUGAACACGUGCGGCUGAGGACUUUUUCCGCUGAUCUCAGUACACCGGCCGCCGCGUGCAAAGCAUCAGUGAACCAGCUCAAGCACCUCAUCGUCCACUUCCGGUCCCACUAUGAAUCGUCGACUUAUACGUUCCUCUGGCACACGGCCCUGACCUACGUGGCCAACGCGGUGCUGCAGGAUGCUGACGAUCCGGCCUGGCGCCUGUACUUCCUCCUCUGCAUUUACGGGUACGAAAGCCUCCGCCGACCGUUCCGAGUCUCGGCAGCUAUCGGGAUGGGCUUGCUCAGCAUGAUACUACGCGAUCGAGACAUGACAAGCCUCGAUGCAAGGCGUCUUCUGGGAGAGCUGAACGAGCGCGGCCUGAACCACGUGCAGGGCGCAGUUCGCGCCACAUUCAUGGGAGACCUCGAUUUGGCCCAGACCGAUCCGGAGGCCGCGACUGUAGAACACCUAGCUGAUCAGUUUGAGGGCAUGGCAUUGCUGCGGGAAUGGACUAUUGAUGGGGUGGACGCGACAAUGACUUAG